GUAUUCGAUCAUAUGAUUAGAGCUGAUUGUGCUUGUUUGUUUUCAUAACAUAUUGAGUUAAAUUUGCUAAUUUAGAUAAGUUAUAAUAAUUAAGAUUUAAGUAUAGACUAAAAUUAAACUGUGCAAUGUCUAAAAAAAACACUAAAAAUGAAAAAAGUGCUGCUGGAGAAUUGCUUGACUCCCUUUACUUGGAUAUGUUUCAUCUAAUCGAAGCACACACCCAAUGCCGUAUUGACAUUGAACGGACGAGCUCCGAUGGCUCAAUUCUCCUAGCACGAACCAAGUUCCAACAGGGAGGUCAAUCAUUAUCGACCGCACAAAUCCCAGCUGAAAAUAGUGCAGAGUUUAAUGCUCUAUGCAGAGUUAAAAAGGCUUCAGACGAAGACAUCAGCAUAGAGAGACAUCCGGUGGAUAAAGAGAACGGUUACGUGGAGCCUUUAUAUUGGUUCAGCGUAUUGCCUCCAAUGAGUUUACGGAGCGCAGUAGAUAAAUUUAAAAGAACGAUCGAUUUGAUAGCAGAGAGUGCAAAUCUGCAAAGGGAGCUUAGUAGAGUACUGGAUGGCAUUAACAGGCUACGACAAACUGUUGCAUUGCAAUAAUAUUGAAUAAAUUAUAUGUACAUGUGUGUUACAAAAUAAGAAUAAAGUUGAAAGUUCUAAAUAUACAAA